UAGUUUAAACCACCACAGUGUUCGUUAUUUAAAAUAUCAAAAUCUGUUCAAUACACUUCACACUGCGCGCUUUCAAAAAACUUUUAAUGGCGGAUUAGGGCGUUAUAAAGAUUCCGCACAAAGGCACAGCUAUGGAGCAGUUGAACCAGCGGGGAGUUGUGAACUAACCGUCCACACGUUUGGUUUAAUAAAAGCAUUUCAUGGACAUAUAUUAACUUGCUACGCUAUGCAUAUAAAUAUAUACAUACGGUAUAAUUUACGUUUUCACAAUUACAGUUGUUGAUUAGUGAAGUUGAUUAGUGCCUAUCGGUUGACUAAACACGUACUUCACGCUCGAAGUGUUACGACCAGUCUGUAUACAUAAAAUAUUGAUUUAUGUUACAGGUUGUUAUCUGUUAAGUUGUUACAUGAAACCUUAAUGGAUUUAAGUAUAGACACAGCAUAAACGUUUGCUAUUAAAACUAUGACAUUCUGAAAGGAGAAUUAAGAAUAAAAACAUCCGUACAACAAUGUCUAAAAAUAAUAUAAAGGGAUUUAAAAUAAAUAACAAUUUAUGUUUAAUUCAGUUAUGGAUAGCAUUUAUAGUAACGUGUAGUAUUCAGUUCGCCUCAUGCAAACUUAUCAUUGUUCAGACGGCGUUAGGAAAUAUUUCCGGUUCUAUUGAGGAAGUGACAUCAUACGAUGAUACCGGAAAUCCGUCGGUCAUGUUCUUCGCGCAGUACUUGAGCAUUCCCUACGCCGAACCUCCCAUCCGUUUCCGGCGACCUGAGCCUAAAACUCCGUGGGCGGGGGAGUACAACGGGACGUACUACCGUCCGGCAUGCUACCACCACGGCGACCCGGCUAGGGUGGGCACAUUUGACGUGAAGAAUGUGAUGAUGUCCGAGGAUUGCCUAACGCUCGAUAUAUACGGACCAAACAGCAAUAUCGUUAAUCAGUCGUCACUUCCGGUGCUCGUUUUCUUAUACAGUUCCCCAGGAUAUUCCAGCGCCUUCGCUGCCGAUGUUCUGUGCACGGUAGGGGAAGUCGUAGUUGUGGUGAUCAACUUUCGUCAAGGUAUGCUGGGUUUUUUUAGUCUCGGUAGCGAAGCAGCGCCCGGGAACUACGGGUUGUUUGAUCAGCAGAUGGCGCUGCAGUGGAUUGCAAAGUACAUACAUAGUUUUGGCGGGGACCCCAAAAAGGUGACGCUAGUCGGUCAUUCUUUUGGAGCCUCGAACGCGAUCUAUCACACGCUGUAUCCGGGAAACAGGGGCCUCAUCCACCGUGUGGUCUCACUGAGCGGCACGGCACUGCCACCUUCGGGUGGUAAAUCUUAUGUGCGGAACUCUAUUGAACCGGAUGUGCUUGAGGAGAUAGGCUGUCAGCGGGCGUCAGAUGCAGAAAUAAUGAGCUGCCUUCGAGGAAAGAGUCUAGCCGACAUAUUAAACGCCUUAGACGAAAAGUCGUUCACGUUUAGACCCUCAGUUGACGGCACGUUCCUGCGCUCUGAUCCGGAAGUCAUGAUGACCGACCAGGCGAAGGCUGACAACUCUACAGAGGAGCUUGGAUUCCUGAACGUAGAUCUGUUGCUUGGCCUGAACAACAUGGAGGGCGGGACUCAUGUUGCGCUGCUGUGGGCGGAGCGUUUGAACACCACUGACAAUGAGUUCAAUGUUAGCAGGGUAGACAUACGGAAGAUCUUAGUUCCCAUGGUAAUAAACUUGACUUACGGUAGUAACAUAUCGCAAUCUAUUACGCAGACCGUUAACUUUCAAUACAACGACUUUACGGGCGCCGACGAUCCCCAGCGUCUACGGCAGCGCGUAGUGGACCUCUUUACGGAUGUGGACAUCGCGGCGCCGCUAGUUCGAACCGCAAACCUUCACGCAUCGCUGGGGCAAGGCAGCACCUACCUUUACCAGUUUUCGGAGCCUUUGAAUCUUACGCAGGCGCCUGUUUGGUUGUCGGGGGCCAACCGCGCCAACGACGUCCACUUCCUGUUUGGAUUCAGUGAGCGAGGUCUGCAGUUUGUGAACCACGUGACGGGAUUCACGCCGACCGUGGAACAGAGGGCUCUGUCAACAAAGCUCAUCAAAAUGAUCGCACAUUUUGCGAGAACUGGAAAUCCAAAUCCGCUAAACGCCGCUGGCGAUCCUCAGUGGCCUGAAUAUGACGCCAUGAGCAUGACGUACCUAGACAUCUCCGCAGCGCACGUGAGCCCCAAACACCACUUCCGGGAGCCAUUCAUGACCUUCUGGACGAGCGUGGUACCGGAACUGCUCACUGCGAUCUCGCAGAACGCGACUCCUCCGCUUGUGUGCCCUGAGGAAAUCGGUCAUACGAUUAAAGUAAACUUGGUCACUGCUGAAAACAUAAUCAUCGCUCUCUCCAUAGUCUCCUUCUGUCUGCUAUGCGCAUGCGUGUUGCUCGUCUGUUUAUCGGUAGCGAGGGAGCCGACAUUGUAUAUCAACAGCAAGUACGCGGUGAUGAAGACCCCAAACUUGAGCGAGACCCCCUCUCUAUCCAGUCCGAGCGACAGCUGACUCUAAGAGUCAUUGUGGGUCCUUUUUUAAAGCGCAGAAAAUGUGAAGCAAAUCCAUAAAAUGAGCAUUUUUCUGGGAAGAUUGGGCUUAAUGCAUGUGAGUGAAGUGUCGUCCCAGAUUAGCCUGUCCAGUCCGCAUGUGAGUAAAGUGUCGUCCCAGAUUAGCCUGUGCAGUCCGCAUGUAAGUGAAGUGUCGUCCCAGAUUAGCCUGUCCAGUCCGCAUGUAAGUGAAGUGUCGUCCCAGAUUUGCCUGUCCAGUCCGCAUGUGAGUGAAGUGUUGUCCCAGAUUAGCCUGUCUAGUCCGUAUGUGAGUGAAAUGUCCCAGAUUAGCCUGUCUAGUCCACAUGUAACUGAAGUAUCGUCUCAGAUUAGCCUGUCUAGUCCGCAUGUAAGUGAAGUGUCGUCCCAGAUUAGCAUGUCCAGUCCGCAUGUGAGUGAAGUGUCGUCCCAGAUUAGCCUGUCUAGUCCGUAUGUGAGUGAAGUGUCGUCCCAAAUUAGCCUGUCCAGUCCGCAUUUGAGUGAAGUGUCGUCCCAGAUAAGCCUGUCCAGUCCGCAUGUCAGUGAAGUGUCGUCCCAGAUUAGCCUGUCUAGUCCGUAUUUGAGUGAAAUGUCCCAAAUUAGCUUGUCUAGUCCGCAUGUGAGUUAAGUGUCGUCCCAGAUUAGACUGUCUAGUCCACAUGUGAGUGAAGUGUCGUCCCAGAUUAGCCUUUCCAGUCCGCAUGUGAGUGAAGUGUCGGCCCAGAUUAGCAUGUCCAGUCCGCAUGUAAGUGAAGUGUCGUCCCAGAUAAGCCUGUCCAGUCCGCAUGUAAUUUAAGUGUCGUCCCAGAUUAGCAUGUCCAGUCCGCAUGUGAGUGAAGUGUCGUCCCAGAUUAGCCUGUCUAGUCCGUAUGUGAGUGAAGUGUCGUCCCAGAUUAGCCUGCCCAGUCCGCAUUUGAGUGAAGUGUCGUCCCAGAUUAGCCUGUCCAGUCCGCAUGUGAGUGAAGUGUCGUCCCAGAUUAGCCUGUCUAGUCCGCAUGUGAGUGAAGUGUCCUCCCAGAUUAGCAUGUCCAGUCCGCAUGUGAGUGAAAUGUCCCAGAUUCGCCUGUCCAGUCCGCAUGUGAGUGAAGUGUCGUCCCAGAUAAGCCUGUCCAGUCCGCACAGAGCUUAAUGCAUUUGGGUAAAGUGUCGUCCCAGAUUAGCCUGUCCAGUCCGCACAGGCUAACCAUGGACGAUACUUUCCGCCUAGAUUUUCUUUUAAAAGAAAUCUCCUUUAAAAGAUUAUUUUCCACAAAAGCGGAAUGCACAGUAUUAUCUGGCAUGACACUUUAUGCGCAUAAAUUAAGCCCAAUCGUUCAAGAACACGGCUCAAAUCAUGAACUUGUAUUAUUUAUUUAUGUUGCAGUCGGUUACGUUAGUAUUAUUUUUGUUUGAGCAAAAUUCCAUUUAAAUCAUUAACCUCUUGAUUUCUAACAAGUAACUUGACAUAUAUUACAUAUUCUAUUCACUACCUUUAAGUACAUUGAACGUUACAUUGUCUUGCCAGUAGCAAGUAUCUCGCCAUUUUAUAAGUAUUCAAAUAUGUUCGUAUGAACUGAAUGUUUAGAGCAUUUUGCGUGGUUUCCGACUAAAUUUGGUUGACGACGAUUGUACAACUGAUUGUUUAUAGUAUAUAACAUGUACACUUAUGUGUUCCAGUAUUAAUGUAAACUUAUAUGUAUAUAUUAGCCCGUUUAUUUACAAAUUGUAUAAAGUAUGUAUAUGUAUAAGCUAUAAAACUAAUAUUCUAUGUGUUUAUAAACGUUUUAUAUUAUUAUUAUAAUUUAGAUAAUACAAUGUACGAACAUA